GUGGACAAGAAUGAGGAUGCAGACCAGAAGAUUGAACAGGAUGGGACUGCCAACAAACCUGAGGACAAGGCCCACAAGGCUGCCACCAAAAUACAGGCCAGCUUCCGCGGACACAUAACCCGGAAAAAGAUGAAAGACGGAGAGGAAGAGAAGGAGGGCGACAGUCCUGCUGCUGCAGAGGAGGCAACGGAGGGAGGAGAGGAGGAAAAGAAAGCUGAGGGAGAGGAGGCACCUGCAAAGGAGGAAGAAGCUGCAGGAGAGGAGGCCAAAAAGGGGGAAGAGACGAGCCAAGCCAAAAGCCCAGUGGCAGAAAAGCCAGCUAACUCUCCAGCAGCUGCUGCUGCCUCUCCUGUAGGCGCAGCAACAUCUCCUGUAGCGGCGGCCCCUGCCGCUGCCUCUCCUGCAGCUGCCACAGCGUCCUCUGAGCCCCAGAAAGAGGAGCCAAAGGUGGAGGAGAAAGCAGAGGAGAAGCCCAAAGAGGUGGAGGCCCCAGCACCGGCGGCCAAGACUCCCACCACAGCUGAAGAGAAAAAGGAGGAGGGGGAUAGUGAGGAGAAAAAGGAGGAGGCCAGACAAGCCGAUGUGCCUGCUGCUGUCAGCCCGACAGCUGAGAAGGAGGAGCCUAACCAAACAAAAGAUAAACAAGAUGCUGUAGAAGAGUCAAACGCAGAGGAGGCCACCCCUGAGGACGCAGCGGCGGAGGCCACCGAGUCCAAGGAUGACUAAGACACAGUCUCACCUGAAGAAAGCAGAAAUUAAAGAGUAUGAAGAAUAACACAAAAACAAAAAUCUAAAAAUGGUUGCUCUUUGCCUUCCCAAUGUGAAGGCAGUCAGUUUCUAUUUGUUUGUCAUUUUUUGUGUGGCAAUGAUUUUCUCAUGUUUGGGGGGAGUUUCCAGUGUCAUAGUUUUUUGGCUCAAGCUAACACUACGAGGAAGAGAUGGUGACGAUGACGUUGUUGUUGAUUACGAAUUUAAAAAAAAGAAAAGAAGAUUGUUACCAUGACGACGUAGAUGAUGAAAAAGAAGAGGAUUUGAUUUGUUACAUCAUCACUAUCUAUUGUAAGUGGAUCAGUGUUGGAGUGAACGCUCCCAACUGGAUAUUUACACAUUUAAAAUAAUGCGUUGUGAAUGCACCAUCCUUGAUUUUGCAUCGCAGUGCACCCUCUUUUUAGCCCAUUUUUGCAAAAUUAAAUCUGUGAUACAGCAAAUGCACGCACAAAAACAAGCUGGUUUUAAAAAUGCAACCCCAGUUUUCGACGCCGUACAAAUGUAUUGAAAACACAGCAAGUAGUUAAUGUACUGACUCCCUGUAUGGAGAAUAGAAUGUAUCCUUAAAUGUGUUAUAUUUCCAGUUGGGUAGCUUUAUCUUGAAUCCCAUUAUCACAUAUAGUACAAGAAUACAACUCUCUCUCUCUCCUUCUGCUUGAGUCUUUCAAGCUUUGUUUACACCCCUUUUACAAACUCUGUUUACUCACAUAUACAGUAAUGGACCUGUUGACAUUUAAAUGAUCAUAUAAUAAACUAUAGAGGUAUUCUAUAGUGUUGAUAUAUCUGGCUCUUACACGACGUUCUGCCAGCCCAAAGUGAGAACAGUAGCAUGAACCAUCGAACCAAAUGCAUGAUGGGAACUCUCCCUCUGAGAGGAACUUUUUCGCAGUCACAAAAACUUAAGAGGUGUGGCGGCUUCUUUUUUGAUGUCUUUUGGUGUUGUUAUGACAGUUUAUAUGAAUUGGAAGAAGAAGAAAAAAAAAAUACUCUUGCACUGAUGUUACAAAAAAUCGUUAAAAAGGAAAAACAAACAAAUGAGCAAAACAAAAAAUUCUUUUCCCAUGUUCCAGUGAGUGCAAUGUCCAGUUACAACCUUAUCAAGGAGUUCAAACUUGUGAGAAAAAAAUAUGAAAAAAUAAAAAAUGGUUUCAAUGUCUGUUUUCAAAAUAAAGCAAAUGUGCCAAUUAC